ACUCUUCCUCAACAGCGUCGACAUUUUUUCGUGUUUGGGGCGGCUCACUUUUUGCUUCUCGUCCCGUUUUUUUCUUGUGUUUCGUUGCGCACUUGUGCGUGUCUCUCUCCCCUCUUCUAUGCCAUUCGCGUUUCAUGCUCGAGGCGGCAGCAGCAGUGGGGGCAAGCUAGCAGCAGCGGCCGUAGCGGUACAACCUCUCCACAGUGGGAAGUGGCCCGAUUUUUCGGACGGCCGCGUUUAUUUCGGAGAGUCUGCGUAAAGAAAAUGAAGAAGAGAAGCGCGGCCCGCCGGCUCAGAAGUCAGUGAGAAAGAAGAAACGAGAACUCAACGGCAGCAGCAGCAGACUACACGACUGUGCCCGCGAGCAGCCCAAAAAGGUUUCGAGCCAAACGCCGUCGGCGCGCUUGUGCGCUCCGCCUGGAGGUCCCAUGUUUUCGCGCUCUCGGCUGUGAAUAUUCUCAAUGUGUGUGGUGCGUGGUUGUUGAUAGGUGCGCGCGUGGCAUCUGCUGCUCUGCUGUGAUCCCGUCGAUCCGUCGCAACAUCUCCGCGCCGACGUGCGGCCAAGACGUUGGCGACGUGAGAAAACAACGCAGAGACGGUGGCUGUGGUGCGUGUGACUAGGCUAGUGCGGGUGUGCUUCUUCCCGGCGAAGGAGAUCGUCGUCGACUACGGCGCGGAGGAUCGGUCGCCUGCCUUCGGUUGCUGCAGGCAAAGUUAGCAUGAUUGCCGCAGCGGGCCAGCAGCAGCAGCGCCCUGCAAUCUGACGUGACGGCGCCCCAUGCUUUCCGUGUGCUGUGCGAAUGCUUUGCGUGUUGCGUCGACGACUUCGUGCAGCUAGAGGCGGCGACGACGCUUGCCAGCGGCAGUCCAGAUAUGCGAGUUGCGGCGGGCACCUAGCACUGCUCGCUUCUAGCAGGCGCUUUUUCCCGCCGUGGCUAGCAGGAGGGCCCUGCCGGCAGCGAUGAAUACCUCCUCGCUCAAGUCUUCGACGACCGAGUGCCGCAAGUUCGCGCCCAACAUAUUCAACAAGUCCAAGUGUCAAAACUGCUUCCGAACCAAGGAUGCCCACUCGGCGGAGGCGCUGGAAAGCAACCGGGCCACCCGGAAAGUGUCGACCUGUGGCUACCUGUUUGUGGCUCCCGACUGGGACUUCUCGCAGGCGGUCAAUCGGACGAGGAGGUGGCAGAGGCGCUGGUUCGUCCUCUACGACGACGGAGAACUUACUUACUCUGUGGAUGAGCAUCCAAACACAAUCCCCCAGGCGGUGAUUGACAUGACCAAAGUGGUGGCGGUGGCUCACGCCGAGGAGCUCACUGGAAACCAGUUCUCUAUUGCCAUCACUACGCCGGACAAGGUCCACUUUGUCAAAGGCACAGGUCGCGAUGACAGCAAGUGGUGGUUCGACGUGCUGUCCCAAUUUCCAAGCAACAUGGUGCGCAGCAAGAACAAGCACAAUGCCUGCAAUCUCGCACUUGCGAAGUCAGCGCCUUCUGUCAACAUCCUGUCAUGCCAGAACCAGUAUGAAGACCGUGGACUUGGAAACAGGGAGAACUAUCGCAACGGCACGAUAGAAAUGCAGCCCAUGCAGCAGCCACUGGAGAUUCGAAGCAAUGGCACGACAAACGUGGUCUCAACGAACAACCGUGAGGCGCAUGUUCCCCAUAAUGGGGUGCCACUCUGCAGGCUUGACAGUGGUGGGAGCAACAGCAGCAGCAGCGUGGCUGCCUACACUGACGCGGACGCGCUCGCGAAGAGCCGGAGCCGUCGCUACCUCAAGCGGGAAAGCCGGGGACUCAAAAGCCAGCGGAGCCGUUCGGACGGGGUGGCCAAGAUGGUCCCCGCCUCCCGCGCGUCCGAGCUCCUGCCGGCCGAGUGGGCCGGGGAGCGGGACCACCCGCGGAGCGGAUCCAGCGGCAGCCCGCCUCCGUGCCCGUUCCUGCACAACCCCGUCUACCUUCUCCUGGCCGAGCCGCACGCGAAACCCAGUGGUGGCACCAAAGAUACCAAGACGAACGUGUCGAUGGCGCAGCAGCUUCUGCUGAGCCGGUGGCAGAACGAGACCAAGAGCUUGCCACCAUCGCCCAACCUGCUCCACCAGGAGAAUCACCACUCGUGGCGUUCGGAUGAGAAUUCGCGGCGGGAUGGGGGCGACGGGGGCUGCGCCGUGCCCCACUCGCCGCCUUGUCGCGACGUGCCGCAGUGGAACGUGGUGCUGCCUGGCGGCGGGGGUUCUCAAGAAAAGCACGCGUCACGAGGUGUUCCCGACGGCUGUGGUCAGGGAAGCGGCACACUGGACGUAACGGCAUGUGACGGUGGGAUCAGCCAGCUCAUGAGUGACAGUUUGCCUGAGGAUCUGUUUGUCAAGAAAGGCUGGCUGAUGCGGCUUGGCCCGGAUGGUGAAUGGUCGAAACACUGGUUCGUACUUCGAAACACCUCGUUGACGCACUUCAACGACCCAUCAGCAGAGGACUCUGGUGACCCGAGUGCUACCCUGGACCUGCGAAUCGUACGCGAAGUCAAAGAGGUCGACCUGGAUCGCAACUACGCCUUCGUCAUUAUGCUGUGGGAAGCAGACGAGGUCAUCCUUUGUGCCGUGACUGCCGGAAUUCGCACCAACUGGGUGCAAGCGAUUCGUCAGGCAGUGAGAAACCGCAGCAGCAUGAGCAUUCUCUCUAAAGACGCAUCGGCGCCCGGUUUGGUGACAGCGACGACGGCGGCGCAGGUGGGGGCACCGUCUGCUUCGCCAGCACCACCCAACCUCCCUGCCCUCGAAGGACGGCCUCCCCAUGAGACCUCGUCGAGCGACGACCACUCCGAGUAUUUCUCCAUCGUUGACGAGGAUGAAGAAGACGUUGUGGAGGACCCGUCGCGGACUCUUCCGCCGUCCCCGCCACUCAACCGUACGGCUAUAUCGAGGGUGAAAGAACGAGCCAGGUCCCGGUCCAACUCGCGGUCUCGGCAGAGCCGGCGGCUUCGGUCGCCGCAGCCAACUCAGGGUGGCGAGCCAGUCGGUGCCGGUUUGUCGCACGAACCGGACGAGAUGGCUCGCAGCGACCGUUCGAGCAGCUGGGAUCCCACUGUGGGCAUGGAUGUCGUGGAUUCGAAGCCUCCUCCUGACGCGAGCCGUUCUGCCACACCUUCGAAAACUGAUGCAACUACCUCUACUAGUGUUACUCUGACGGAUGCCGCACCAGCCUCUGCACGGAGGCCUCCAGUGGCACGAACGUCUCGCCGAUCAUCAUCAUUGCGGGAGCUUCGAACGAAAAAGCUAGAGUCGCGGUGCUCUGAGCUGGAAGACCAACUGAGGGCACGUGACCGUGAGCUCGGACAGCUGAGGAGUAUACCACACGGAGGUGCAAGCUUUCUUCUGAGAGGCUUGCCCAACGACGAAGUGCUGACGCGCUCUCUCGAAAGCCUGGGGACAUUCCUCACCGCCAGCGUUGAAAAGUUGAGCAGGCUUAAAGAGCAGCUGCGGAAAGCUGCGGAAGAAGGAACGACCGGCACUGAGAGCCUGCGGAACAUCUGGGGAGAGCUGGAGACCCUUAUCUCCGAGAACAGCCGGCGGGUCGAGGCGACGACACGAGCCCUGCGUCACUCUGCCACCUUGGAGGUGGAAGGAAAGCUGGCCCGCGCUGCGGAAGAAGCAUGGGUGCUUCGACGUGAGCUGAAGAGAUCGCAGGACGCGUUCGACGACCUCGAACUCCGUUGCCUUGCGCUCAAGCGGGAUGCCAAGAGCGCUGAGGAGCUGCAUGCUUCCCAGCUAGCGCUGAUGACUGCUCGCAUCGAUGACCUCACGGCGAAGCUUGCCCUGUCGGAGAAGGCACAGCGCCAGCUGCGACAGAGACUGGCACGUGCUGAUUCCAAGCAGGAGAAGCGGCGACUCUCGCUGAAGGGCAAGGAGGCUGCCGCUGCAGCAGCUGCAGCAGCGGCGAGCCCAUCGAAAGAGCUCGAGGUCAAGCUGACGCACCUGGAGCACAAGCUUGCGCUUCUGGAGGAGGCGUUCCAGGGUCCCGUCAACGAGGCUGCAUCCGACGCUUCUGCCCCGGAUGACCUCAGCACCGACACACCGACAGGUCGAAGGUCAUCCCUGGACAGCCUCUCAGGCGACCAGCAAAGCCUCCUGCUUCGUGUCCAGCUCAUGGACCAGAGGCUUCAGUCUGCCUUGGAUCAGCCAAAGCAUCUGGCACGGCCUCGGAUAUGCCUUCAGACGGAAGCUCUAGACGGAGGUGGGGCCGGUGACGGAUGGAGUAGCUUGUCUCUGGCAACAAGUGUCACAGACCUCCGGCUCCCAGAACACGGUGGCGAAUCGCCUCCGGCGAGUUAUCGUGACUGUCUAGAUUCAUUAGAUGCAAGGCUUGAUGCACUCCUGGAAUGGCUGCACGAGGCGCUUAUCUCACUUCGUGAAGCAGGUGUGAUGGGUUCUUUUCCCAAGCAUCUCGUAGACUGCAUAGGUACCAGGGACACAACAAUGGAUGAGAGCAACAAGGGCCGCUUGGUGAGGAACCUGGUGCUCUUGCAGCACAUCGGCUCGAAGCUAACGACAGCGGCAGGCUUUGAUGCUCACUUCUUUGGUAACUUAGCCACGCACCUCAGAGAGACGUCUCUCGUCCUCUUCGCUCUUGAAGAGAGGCUUGAUCAAGUGGCAUGCUCACACGACCUCAGGCUAGUCACCUCCGGAAAUAACAAGUCAUGGGACCCAUUGGGAGAAGCCACAGGUCACUGCCAACUCGCAGAACUCGAGAGCUCGCGAGGGACUGAAGGCGUCGCCGCCGAGCUCGAGGAGCUUUCGUCGCGCCUCAAGUCACUGGGCAGCGCGGCAGAGCGCUUCAACAAGAGCCGUCAGGUACUGGUCGUCCAGAGGCUCUCCGAGUGCCUCGACAUCCAUCCGACGUCGGACCUCGAGCCGGAUGCCCUUCAGAACGUGGCGGAGCAGGAAGCUGUGCUGGGCGCAGUCAUGGAGGCGCUGUCGGCGGCGAGGGCCCACGUCAGCGACAGCCUUUGUCAGAGUCUUUGCUCAACCUCAGGGACCAUUUCAACAUCGUCGGCAGAUGCAGCAUCGCUGUUGAGGCAGCUAGAGGGCGCCAUGAGGCAGGAAUUUCUGAAGGUGCGCAGAGAACUGCGAGCUUCGUGCCUGGCCGAGCUGGAGAGCUACUGCUCGGCAAACCUUCCACGCGACCUUCUCAACAGAGAGCUGGUUCCCGUAGUCCACGACCUCGCCACCGCAAACUGCAUCUCGGCGGUCCUGAGGGCUUAUGUAUCUCACGUUGAGGAGGCCGUUCGGCAGUGCACGAGGGCUCUGCGUCAAGACGAGCAGGCAGCGGCUUCUCCGUCUGCAGACGACGGAACGGAGAAGUCGGUGCUAGAGCUGUGCAACAGGGCUGCAGCCGUGACAGAAGGUGCGCCGUCUCUGCUGCGUUCCUGGCUGACACAGUGUCUCGCGGAGGAGGAGCUGCACGAGCUGGGCGCAGGUGUGGCCUGCGUGAAUUCGACCACGGAUGUUACAGACGCACUGGAGCGGCUGAGCCUGAGGCUACGCGAAGAGCGGGAGGGCCACAGGCAGCGGGUACUGGCACUGCAAGACCGCCUGGAUGCUACGCAGCGGGACUGUGAACGCCUCCUCAAGGCCGGUUGUGCCACCUGUCGAGGCCUCCGGGAGCAGACAAAGGCAUUGGCACAGCGGGCAACGGAGCUGGAACGUGCUGCUCGAGACGGAACCCUGUGUGAGCGCUGCCCAGCGCAGCAGGAGCAGCUGAGGCACCUCGCGAAGGAGCACUCCCGCGAGCUCGCCGAACAUGAGGCCUCGGCUCAGGAGGAGUUCCAGGGGCGCAUUCGCUGUCAGGAAGCCAACCACCAGAGAGAAGUCCAGCGGCUAGAGGCUGAGCUGCAGGCAGCAAAGAAUCAGCUGCAGCGUCUUCAGGAGGAGCAAGAGGAGCGGAUCGGCAGCCUACGAGAACUGUACCAGCAGAAGCUCUCCCAGGGUUUGGAGGCUGUCGAUGCCGAGGCCGUGCGGCAGCGGUGUCGGCCGGAGAUGGAGCAGCUCAAGCGCCUUUGUGAGAAGGGCUUGGCGGCAUUGGAGGCCUCGCACGGGCGUCUCGUGGCCCAGCUCCAGGAGCGGCACCAGACCGAGAUCGAACGGCUGCGUGCCGAGCGAGACCGUGCGCUGGCUGAAGAGACCAAGGCGACUCUGGCCGCUCUCAACGCAAUGCAGAGAGCUCAUCAAGAGGAGCUACACAGGGAGAUCUCCAACUUCAAGGAGGACUACGCGCAGCAGAUGCGCCACGGCCGCGACACCGAAUGCCUCCAGAGGGAGCACCAGGAGGAGCGGGAGCACAUCAAGCAGGAGAUCCUGUCCCUGUCUGAGAAGUAUUCGCUCAAGUGCCUCGAGAAGGCAUCUCUCGAGGAGCGGCUGCAGCGAGCCGGACAGCAGCUCCAGGAGGCCAACUACCAGGUGCUGGACUUACUGGCCAGGAACAAGCAGCUGGCAUCACACUUGGGUCUUCAGAUCCUUCAGCGGGAGCAGGCCGUUCCUUCGGACAACUCGCCUGAGGCCCUCGAGAAGUUGCUGCAGCUGCGUGACAGCCAACUUGUGCAGCAGCGUGAGGAGAACGCGCAGAUACUGCACUCCCUGCAGCUGGCCAAGACGAAGAUAAACCAGCUCAACAGCCAGUGCCAGCAGCUGAGCAGCAGCCUGCGUGCAGAGCGCAGUGCCCACCAGGCUGAGGCACAGCGUCUGCAGGCGCGACUCGAGGGUCUGGUUGCCCCUUCUGAUGAGGGAGUGGCAUCCCAGUCCAUGUCCCAGCAGUGUCGGCCCGUGCCGGAGCGUCGGUCCUCCCUGGUGAUCCGGAAGCAGUCCCAGGCUCCAAUGGCCAAAGGUGACUCCCACAAGAGUUUCGGUCGUCCCGAAGCAAUGACAUUGACCAACACCCACAGCAGCUGAAGUGCUGAGACGAAUUUCAGCAGCAGCUGUUGGUCGUUGUGCCCUCUCCUUCUAUCCCUCCCCAAUCUCUGCUGGUCAGAGAAAAAUGCGACUGUACACAGCCUGAACCGACAGCACUUAGCUGUCCUCAGCCAUGCCCAAUCCAGAUGUUGUUCUGUAGUCCACCUCCAUGUUCGAUGUCGCCGUAGGUCAUGACAUCUGCACGAAUCCACACCAUGAACUUGUCGACUGGAAGUAAGCAACCUCAGCGCAAAGCCGAGUUUGCUUAGUUUUCGUUAUAGCAUGUUGAUUAUUCAUUGUUUUUUUACUUUGUUCUAGCCCAAGCGCAUUUUCUUUUUUCGGCCUUUGCACAAUCUUGUUGUGUGUGUUUCAAACAUGCAGGCCGCUGUUGGCUUGCGUGGGCAGCUCGCGAAUCCACUUCGAUCCAGCGGCACCACGACUGGUCGGCAACCAGUUGUGUGCUGUUCACAGCGACGUUCUUUUUAUUAAAAUGUUUUAUUAAAAAAUUAGGCAAACAUUGAAACUUGCCAAACCCUCUCCCAGCUAUGUUAGAAACUAACCAGGCAGUGUAGGAAGUUCGUUAGAGAGAGACUUACUAGCGCAAUUAACAAAGUGCCUUCCUUGUACAAACCAGGCAUUAUGAAGCCAGGCUGCUCCUUUUUUAGCACAUCUUAUUUUUCGUUUUAGCGGAGCCAACUGAAAGGAAAACAAAUCUAUACGUUGUCGAAAACACACUAGCACUACCCUCUGUAGCCGUGAAGCGUCAUUUUCUAUUUCUUUUUUUUAACCUCAGCAUUCAGGCAAGCUACAAAGGGUUAGCCGGCAAAACAUAUUCUAUGUCUACACACACACACCAACACAAAGCAUAGGUAGAAAGAAAAAAAAAGUUAUAGAGAGAGUUUUAUAUAUUAUAAAUAUAUUUUUACAGAUGUUCCUUGUUAACAGAGCCAGUGACGGGGAAUGGAAGGACACAGUUUGUGUACAUACUGUCAGAGAACGCAACAUCGUCAUCACCAGAAAAGAAAUGAAGAAACGCUGACGCGCUGGGCUGUCGGAGAGAGCGAGUGUGUUUUUUGUGAAGGUCCGCUUAGCCAAGACAGGGUGCGCCACUUCUCCAGUCGUUUGCCGACAUGCGGGAGGCUGCACCCCAGAGUUUGGAUGUGUUGUUUUGCCGUCCAUAUAAGUUAGUAGCAUAGUAGUGAGCCUUAACAUUUUUUUUUUGUAUCAAAUGUGCACAGUAGUUGCUCGCCGUUGUCAUCGCCACCACCACCACUGCUAGAUGGCGCUUUCCGUCCAGGCAGCCGUGCGAGGUGCGUCGUCGCCGCACUCGACGCGCGCCGGCUCUACUCAGGUCUCCUUCAGAAAAGUUGAAGAAUAAAAGAAAUAAGCCUCGGCGGCUGCCUCAGGUUUUAUGUGGUCUUUUGUAGAUGUGCAAUACUAAACAAGUUGUUUCUCGUGAAAUACAAUAAAAAGAUGAAUGUGUCUGCA